AUGGAUUAUCGAGGAGAUGAGCAUAUUUCAAGUUACGGCCAAGAUACUCGCAUGUUGCUCUUUGUCUUUUUUGUUUUUCCAUUUUCUAUUCAAUCUGCUCGCUCACUCGUCGGGUUUCGCCGCGUCGUGCGAGUUCAAUCUGCCGUAUUUGAUGUGAACAAUUAUGGUGGUAAAGCCGAUGGCAAGUCAGAUAUUAGCAAGGCAUUAUUGGGCGCGUGGAAAGAGGCUUGUUCAGCAAAGGGUUCCAACAUAGUUGUAGUACCCAAAGGAACAUAUUCCAUAGGUUUAACUGACUUAAAUGGUCCAUGCAAGGGAGCCAUGGAGCUUCAAGUCCAAGGAACCUUAUUGGCACCGAUAAACCCUAGCAGUUAUGCCAAGGACAGCUGGAUUACUUUUGCAUACAUUGAUCAAUUCAAAUUAUCCGGUGGUGGAACCUUCGACGGACAAGGGCAAGUGGCUUGGAAGCAAAAUAACUGCGGUCGAAAUCCAAAAUGCAAGAGACUUCCAGUUAGCUUGCGGUUUGACUUCAUCACCAACAGCGUAGUUCAGGACGUAACAUCGCUCGAUAGUAAGAAUUUCCAUGUCAAUCUUCUAGGUGGCAAAAACCUUACUUUCGAUCGCUUCACGAUCACUGCACUAGGAGAUAGCGUCAAUACAGAUGGAAUUCACAUCGGGCAUUCAAACAGGAUCAACAUUAUUAAUUCAAAUAUUGCCACCGGCGAUGACUGCAUCUCCAUUGGUGGUGCCAGCGAACAAAUAAGGAUCACAAACGUACGAUGUGGACAUGGACAUGGCAUUAGCGUGGGAAGUUUAGGGAAGACCACUGAUGAAUUUGUCUCUGGAAUUUUCGUAAGGAACUGCACCUUCUAUGACACCGACAAUGGAGUGAGAAUUAAGACAUGGCCGGCAUUACAUGGUGGCAUGGCCUCUGAUAUGCAUUUCGAGGAUAUUAUGAUGAAAAAUGUCCGCAACCCUAUCAUUAUAGAUCAAAUGUACUGCCCAUGGAAUCAGUGCAAUCCAAAGCUUCCGUCAAAAGUUAAGAUCUCCAACGUCACCUUCAAGAAUAUUAGGGGCUCUUCAGCGACCGCAGUAGCUGUUCGACUUAAUUGCAGCAGCAGUUUUCCAUGCCAGAAGGUCGAGCUCGCUGACAUUAACUUGACGUACGGAGGAAAGGAAGGCCCUGUUACUGCGUGGGUAGACGGCCAAGAUACUCGCAUGUUGCUCUUUGUCUUUUUUGUUUUUCCAUUUUCUAUUCAAUCUGCUCGCUCACUCGUCGGGUUUCGCCGCGUCGUGCGAGUUCAAUCUGCCGUAUUUGAUGUGAAAAAUUAUGGUGGUAAAGCCGAUGGCAAGUCAGAUAUUAGCAAGGCAUUAUUGGGCGCGUGGAAAGAGGCUUGUUCAGCAAAGGGUUCCAACAUAGUUGUAGUACCCAAAGGAACAUAUUCCAUAGGUUUAACUGACUUAAAUGGUCCAUGCAAGGGAGCCAUGGAGCUUCAAGUCCAAGGAACCUUAUUGGCACCGAUAAACCCUAGCAGUUAUGCCAAGGACAGCUGGAUUACUUUUGCAUACAUUGAUCAAUUCAAAUUAUCCGGUGGUGGAACCUUCGACGGACAAGGGCAAGUGGCUUGGAAGCAAAAUAACUGCGGUCGAAAUCCAAAAUGCAAGAGACUUCCAGUUUAUGUGCUUCUUGUCCCUUUAAAAACACGCCAGAGCUUGCGGUUUGACUUCAUCACCAACAGCGUAGUUCAGGACGUAACAUCGCUCGAUAGUAAGAAUUUCCAUGUCAAUCUUCUAGGUGGCAAAAACCUUACUUUCGAUCGCUUCACGAUCACUGCACCAGGAGAUAGCGUCAAUACAGAUGGAAUUCACAUCGGGCAUUCAAACGGGAUCAACAUUAUUAAUUCAAAUAUUGCCACCGGCGAUGACUGCAUCUCCAUUGGUGGUGCCAGCGAACAAAUAAGGAUCACAAACGUACGAUGUGGACAUGGACAUGGCAUUAGCGUGGGAAGUUUAGGGAAGACCACUGAUGAAUUUGUCUCUGGAAUUUUCGUAAGGAACUGCACCUUCUAUGACACCGACAAUGGAGUGAGAAUUAAGACAUGGCCGGCAUUACAUGGUGGCAUGGCCUCUGAUAUGCAUUUCGAGGAUAUUAUGAUGAAAAAUGUCCGCAACCCUAUCAUUAUAGAUCAAAUGUACUGCCCAUGGAAUCAGUGCAAUCCAAAGGUAACGCGAAAAGAAAUGAAAAUGAAAGAGUCUCUUAAUGCAUUGUCCGUGGACAAAUCUGCCCGCAACAUGAAAUUUCUGUAACCCUUUGCCGUUUCUGAUGUUUGUUUCAGCUUCCGUCAAAAGUUAAGAUCUCCAACGUCACCUUCAAGAAUAUUAGGGGCUCUUCAGCGACCGCAGUAGC